UUCAUCCUUAUCUUAAUUUGAAAUCUUAAAUCGGUCCUUAGAUUGAAAAUGUGAACUAAGAUCGAAAUCUAAGUCUUAUUCUAAGAUCCUCUCUUAGAACCACUCUCAGAUUCGUCACCAAGCACGCGGUUCUAAAUAUAGAUAUUCUGUAGUUUCCCAGCGUUAAAAAUAGUAACAAAAAUGCGCGGACGUUGUAGAAGUUAUGCAGACGAUGUAAACAAAGAUGGCCGCGAAUAACGAGAAAAAGAGAAAUCCAAACUUUUCAAAAGAAGAAUGUUUGUUAAUUUGCAAGCUGAUGGGGGAGGAGAGUGGCCACGGCAUGUCAAAACACGCCUUAUAUAAGAAAGGCUAUACUUCAAGAAUCACCUCAGAGACGAAAAGAAAAAUGUGGGAGACUGUUGAGAGAAGCUUCAAUGUCCAAUCUACAGGAAUACAUAGAACUGUAGACCUUCUAACAAAGAAGUGGGACAACUUGACCCAAGUCCACCGCCCUAAGUUCAUGGACUACAAAAGGCAGCUUCAUCUGACAGGAAAUGGCCAAAAUACAGCCUCCUUGUCAGAUUUGACAAAUGCUGUCAUUGAUGUUAUUGGCAGGGAUGGCUGUGCCAUGGAUGGAAUCGGUGGAUCAGAAGAAUUUGAUUCAACAUGUAUACAGGAAAGCCAAAGCAGAUCAGAUGUUGGUCUCAAUUCACAGCCUGUAUAUCAGUUUGUAAAUGAUUACACGACAUAUCAGCCAGUGUUGGAGGCAGAUGAGGUUCCUGCCACGUUUCAUCUUUCAAGACCUGAGGCUAGCACGACUUCCAAAGUGUUCACAACCUCUACAUCAUGCAAUCAAUGUUGCUGUCAGGAGUGUAAAGCAAUCAGGCAGCUGCAAAAAAGAAAAUUAGAAUAAGAAGUGGCUAUUUUAGCAAAGCAAUUAAAAAAAGAACAAUAAAGAUCAAUAUGCACAUUGAGUGCUGAUGCCAAAUUUUAUUAAAAUUACAUACAAAUAUUUAAGUUAAAUUUUGUGGCAUUGACAGGUUAAAUUUGGAAAGAGAUUACAGUAAAGGACCUCUAACUACAUUCUUAAUAUCCGAUAUAUGUCUGUUGCCAAUUAUCAGCACAUUUUAGUACACUUUUAUUAUAGAACAUAGUUAUGUAUUUUGGUACUCUUUAAAGUCUUUGAUUAAAACUAUUGUUAACUUGCAUGUACCGAGUAUUUGGUAAUCCACCUUGUUGUUCAUUGAUGGCAUUUCAGAAAUUAUGCAACUUGUGUUCUGCACAACAGUGUUUUACCCAUACCUAAAGUUAUGUUUCAAGAGUAAGGCUCCAAAUUUGAUUAGUCUAUGUACAUUUCACUCAAGGUAUAUCCAUGUUUAACUUAUAUGGGGGGAAAGCACUUUAAACUACAUGUAAUACCACUCUCCUACAGAACCAAAAUUUAACCUUAAGCUAUUCAUUUGGGGUCCAAAUUAGCAAA